AUGUACGUUGCAUCGUUGUUGCCGGGCUGUUCGAAGGACGCAUCGGAAUCUGCAAAGUCCCUCCACUUCAACGGGCAAAGUCUUCGCUCCAAUGGAACACAUGACUUCAAGCGAACAGUCCUCCUCGUGUCUAUUGACGGCUUGAGAGCGGAUUAUCUGGAGAGGGAUUUGACACCCCAUCUGCUGGACAUCAGCAAGCAGGGCCUUCGUGCGAAGUCUAUGAAGCCUAUUUUUCCUACCUUGACGUUCCCCAAUCACUGGGCUUUGAUGACAGGUCUUUAUGCCGAAUCUCACGGUAUCGUCGCGAAUAACUUCUGGGACAAAACCACAGAUUCAGAGUUCCAUUACAACCAGAUUGCGUCCUGUUGGAAGCCACAUUGGUGGUUUGGCGAGCCGAUGUGGGAGACAGCUGGUAAGGCUGGAGUGAUCAAUGCCAAUCUCAUGUGGCCCGGACCUCCGAAGACGAUGACCGGAGCGACGCCGUCAUACUUUUUACCCUGGAGGGACAAGGUUCCUUUGAGCGAAAAGCUACAUCAAAUACUGAGCUGGAUUGACCUUCCCCUCGAGGAACGACCACAGCUGAUCAUGGCGUAUGAGCCUUCUUUGGAUCAGGCAGGACAUGCUACAGGGCCAUACUCUGCCCUCGUCAACGAUACGCUUCGUUACGUUGACACAUUCGCGAAAGACCUACAUACUGGCCUUGUCGAUCGAAACCUAACGAACAUCGUUGAUAUCGUUUUCGUCAGCGACCACGGUAUGACCGACACAAGCCAACCUGAGUUCAUAUACAUGGACGAUAUCCUUGGCGAACAGGGUUGGGCUUCGAUUGAACAUGAAGAUGGAUGGCCUUCUAUGGGUCUUCAUUUCAACUCCUCUCGCAAUGCGGCUUAUUAUCUAGAAGUGCUUCGUGCAGCUGCGGCCAGCAACAAGGACAAAUUCGAAGUGUUCACGCCAGAGACUAUGCCUGGGAGGUACCACUUCGCACACAGCCCACGCAUCGCGCCUGUGUAUGUUGUUCCGAAAAUCGGCUAUGUCCUCACGACUCGCAAAGAGGGUGACGUUGGUUUGACCAAGGGUAAUCACGGAUAUGACAACAACGACCCGUCCAUGCACGCCAUGUUCGUCGCACACGGUCCCUUUUCCUCUGUCGCCAAAGCAGUCCACCAGACCCGCUCGCGCGGCCUCCUAUCACGUGCACUCUCUCGCCCCAACAAAGGAUGGCACUCGACGUCGGACGAUACCUAUGUAAUGAACACGUUUCAGAACGUCGAGAUCUACAACCUGGUCAUGAAGUUGCUCGGAAUCGAGCAGGUGGCAAGCACUAACGGCACCCAGGGGUUCUGGGACAAGUAUUUCUAG